AUGGAGCAUAAGUCAUUCUUUAGCUACCCCAUCACCCAACCCUUCCCCUUCCGAUGGUUCACGCCAGUUACUGUCGUCGGGGGUAUAGUAUUCAUCGCGCUCUUCACUCUGAUGAAUUUUGCCUCUAGCAGCUAUGAACUUAUCGUGCAGAACUCGCUGGAUCCAAAUGCGACUGUUUCGAGGCGCGGCUUUCUGCAUCGUUACCCAUCCUUCCUAACCACCAAAGUCCAGCCCAAAUGCCAGCCUGCCACGCUACCUGUAAACAGCGAUUUCUUCACCAACAACACGGCCUUGACAUACACGUUGACAAGCGUUUGGGAGAGGGGAAAAGAAGGUCAACGAGUCAUUUCACCGGCUCUCACAUAUCACAGAAACAUCCUGCAGGACUGCUCUGUCCAUUCCGUGGAAAUCGACUUUGAUUCGCUAGACAGAGCUGGAAAGCAAAUUGGCUUUUGCGAAUGGGGCGCCGUGCUGCGGUCGUACAUCUCUUGCAAGAUUGACACCCCUGCCGGAGAAGUCUUCUUCAAUAUGACACAGACCUACGACUACGUUCCUGAGACCGUUUCCUUCAAUAGUCUCCGCAAGUUUCUUGGUACAGGGUUCCUCAGUCGUAACAAGACAACGCAAGCUAGCCUCUGGUGGGGCGAGUCCCUAAUGUCGACAUUCUGGGGAGAAGUCACACUGAUGCUUCAGGAUCAGCGGGGGGCUAUUAAAGAUGACGAUGGUAAGAUAGAACUCAACAAGGGGACUGUUUCUUUCAUGACGAAUGAUACGCUUCCUAAUAUUGACGACCCCGGCUUCUUCAGCCUUGACUAUCGUUUCUAUGGUAGCAAAAUAGAUGAAGUAGCCUGUUGUCCAGACUUGCCGCUUCCCUUAACGGCAAAGGCUCUAGAUAGGAGCGACACUUAUCCAAACGUAUGGAUAAAAGCAGACUCGCUGGCAAAAGCUGCGUACUCGACAAUACUCGUUGAUCUUGGGCAGAAAGCAACCCCGAAGUCCAACAUCCUCACCGACACUAAGCUGCUGACCCGCUACACGGAAAACUUCUCGACAGCUCGCAUGGCAAAUCUGAUAUCAGGUCCCGCAAACGAUAGUUACAGCGCAUUAAAGAAAACGACGGGUAGCUUGGGCAUUGCGCCAUCUGUCAUCACUACGACGUACAUCUGUCAGGUGCCACGGCUCAAACCAGCGGGAAACCUCAUCGUUGCGAUCAUUGUAGCUGAUCUUGUGCUGCUUCAAGCUGUAUGGCAACUCUAUAAGCUUUCGGCGGAAUUCUAUCUUGGCAAGAAGAAUCGGGAGAUUGUUCCGUGUGAGAGAUGCUCUGGGGCUGGACAAGUGAACGACUCCGUGCCACCUUCUAUGCCGAGCCAGGAGAGUGGGCUGGAGUAUUUUCCGCUGGUCAACACGCCGGGGCAGAGUGAAGGGCUAUUGACAGGGAGUAGGGUUCAGCAAUCUGCGAAUUGGUGUUAUUGA